CUGUGCUGUGUGUGGUUGAUACGCUCCGUUUGAUGAUCUUUGUAAUAAUAUCGCAUUUGUGAACAAAAUGUCCAAAAGGAAAUCAAGAAAACCGAAUAUCUCAGCAUCUGAGAUUAGUAUUCCGAGUAAAACAACAACCUUCAGCGAUGAAACCGACGACUUUGCUCACAGACAAAGUUUCCGAAAAGGCGGUUCGUCCAGACCCGGAAGUGGCCCUACCGCCGUGCCUACGGACUGGCGGAUCGGCGUGAUCAUGGCAGUUUGCCUGCCGUUGUCGCUGCUUGUUCUAUGGUACAUAACACUGCCACUGAUCGGGUGGAUACUGUCAUCAAUUAUUGGGUCGGGGCUCACACAGAAGUUGGGCUUCUUUAAACAAGACAUCUUGACAAGGAUGACGUCUGAAUGUCCAUUGUGGAUAGCAGCUGAGGAUCGAGCUUUCCUUGAAGACAAGUCACAUGAGGACAUCCUUAGAGUCAGUGACGUGUCUCAGGAGAAUUUAGAGGAGAUUGUCAGACGUGGGGAGCCAGUCAUUGUCACUGAUGCUUUGAGGGAUUGGGAGGCGUUUGGUUUAUACAACUGUGGAUAUUUCAUGAGAAAAUUCCCUGGCGCUAAAUACUUUGAUUGGCAAGGGCAGGAGUAUGUAUCCUUUGGCAAUAUUACGAAGAGGUCACCCUUCACUGGAUUGCAGUGCGCCAGUGGUUACAUGGACACAUCCGUGGAGUCGAACAAGAAAUAUUUCAAGGAAUGGCUUACAAAAAUGCCCACGCCAUAUUUUCUAAAGGAAAACAGCUAUAUUCUGCGUCCUAAUGGCCUUAAUGACGAACCAGCUGUGACUGGAUUUAUUGGUGUCCCUGGGACUGGUGUGACACCUCAUCUGGAUGAGACAUGCAACACAAUAAUGACAGUACAGCUUUCUGGUGUUAAAAACUGGAGCAUGUCUUGGCCAGUGAAGGAGAAUGGCAGAAUACGAUGGCGGAAACCUAUAGUUUUCACUCUUUAUCCAGGUGAAGCAAUGUUCUGGUAUGUCGCAAUGAGGCACCACACAGAGGUAAUCGAUGAUUGUUCGCUCAGUUUUAGCUUUCUUCUAAACACACCGGCACCAAGGGACUAUUUAAAAAAACUUGUACAAGAUCUUUCUUCGGUAUCGAGGGAGGAACGUGACGCACUCUUUUUAGAAACAGGAACAUCCAAAGUAGAUUACAUUGACAGUUGCGGUAUUGUUGAAGAUAAAGGAACUGAUUUUAUCAAUAGUUAAAAUUUAUUUAAUGUAUUUUUAUUUAAAACUUGGAGUAGAAAUUAACUAAGCAACGGUAUGGACCCCUAUUCAUGUUUUUCUAUUAUUUUUUCUACACAUAAACACACAUUCUGUGUGUGCUUGGCAAGAUUUAUGUGAGUUGUUGGAUAUGGCAUCACUAGAGGGCAGUAUAGCAUUACAUGUUGCCAACUCUUUGCAAUUUGGACUUGGUAAUUUGCACAGCAGAUUCAUCAGCUCUGUGGAUUCCUGCCAGGGCAAAACUUCAGUAAAAUGAAAUACUUCACUUUUUUUCGUGACCUCGUAUUGGUAAAGUGUCUUGGUCAAUUUUAAUAUUUUAUAUGUUAAUGGUGUACAAGAUGAUUUAGGCUUAAGUUAAAAAUUCUAACUCAUUUUGUUUACACUGGUUUUUGGUUACCCUACAACUCCUGGACAAUGAGGAACUAAUAAUUGUUUUAUGUGCCGAAUAAUGAUUUUUAAGGGAUCAAAUUAGUAAGUUUAUGGGAUCAUGUUAUUGAUUGUACACAGAGUGUGUUAAGUUAAGCUAAAUGACAUGAAGAUUUUAGAUAAAACCUUAGGUAGGCAAUUUUUUUUUACAAAGGGCACUUUCAUUAGAAAAUCUUAGAGUUUGUUGGAAAUCUUUUGGAGGGCACCACGACCAAGACAGGGGCAACAGAGGGUAUGACAUCCAUGUAGUUCCAGGCCCAUGCUGCAGUUUGUUUACAUAACUGUCAGUCUCAGACUGACCAUUAUGCGUUUCAUUAUCUUUCUAUUUAUGUAUUAACAGUUUAUCUUUUUUCAUUUUUUUUUUUUUUUUAAAGUUGCUUAUUGUUUUAAAAAUAACUCAUAAUUCAUAUGAUUUUAUAUACUACUUUUAUUUCACUACCCACUUGGCACAG